GCAUCAGAUUUCAGAGUUCACAGUCCAGACCCCUCUCUCUCUCUCGCGCAAACGCACAUGGCUCCCCCAAGAAUUCUGCUCUGUGGCGACGUUCUCGGCCGCCUCAACCAGCUCUUCAAGCGAGUCUCAUCGGUAAACAAAGCGGCUGGGCCAUUCGAUGCCCUAAUUUGCGUUGGCCAGUUCUUCCCUGACUCACCGGAGCAGCUCGGCGAGCUAACCGACUACAUUGAAGGCCGCUCCCAAGUCCCUCUGCCCACAUACUUCAUCGGCGACUAUGGAAUCGGCGCCGCUAAACACCUCUUAUCGGCUUCGAAGGACUCGGCGAACCUUGGCUUCAAGAUGGACGGUCUCAAGGUUUGCCAAAACUUGUUCUGGUUAAAAGGCAGUGGCAAGUUCAAUCUCUAUGGGUUAUCUGUGGCGUAUUUAUCUGGUAGGCAUUUGUCGGAUGGUCAACAAUUUGGAACAUACACUCAAGAUGAUGUGGAUGCAUUGCGAGCUAUAGCCGAGGAUCCUGGAAUAUUUGACUUGUUCCUAACUAAUGAAUGGCCAAGCGGGGUCACAAACAGAGCAUCUACAUCUGAUCUUCCCCAUGGGUUUUUGGAUUCACCUGGAAGUGAUUCUACCAUAGCAGAGUUAGCAGCAGAGAUUAAACCACGCUAUCACAUUGCAGGUACUAAAGGUAUAUUCUACGCUCGUGAACCUUACUCCAAUGUUGAUGCUGUGCAUGUGACUCGCUUCUUGGGUCUUGCUUCUGUUGCCAAUAAAGAAAAGCAGAAAUUUAUUCAUGCGAUUUCUCCCACUCCAGCAUCUACCAUGUCAGCUGUUGAGAUUAGCACGAAGCCCCUAAAUACUACCUUAUCUCCAUAUACAUAUGCAGACCAAACUGUUUUUGCCAAAGAAGCGACAAAAAGGCCUAGUGAUAGUGAUGCUGACUCACAAUAUUGGAGAUAUGAUGUCUCACAAAAACGGCAGAAAUAUGGAGCUGGAGAUGGUGAUAGGCUGUGUUUUAAAUUUGUAUCUUCUGGUUCUUGUCCACGGGGGGACAAAUGCAACUUUCAACAUGAUGAGAAUGCAAGGGAACAAUCUCUGAGAGGUGUCUGUUUUGAUUUUCUUAACAAAGGAAGAUGUGAAAGGGGUCCAAAUUGCAACUUUAAGCACAGCCUGCAGGAUGAAGGUGAGAGUUAUUCUCACAAGAAACGAGGAUCUGAGAAUGCUAGCAACAGGUCAAGGGAGUGCUGGUUUUGUUUGUCCAGCCCAAACAUAGAGUCACAUCUAAUUGUCAGCAUAGGAGAGUACUUUUACUGUGCACUGGCUAAAGGCCCGCUUGUUCAAGAUCAUAUCCUGAUAAUACCUGUUGAGCAUUUACCCAAUACUGUUUUGCUACCACCAGAAACUGAAAUUGAGCUUGGUAGGUUCCAGAAUAGUCUCAAGAGUUAUUAUAAGAAUCAAGGGAAAUCAGUUGUUUUCUUUGAGUGGGUUUCAAAACGUAGUACUCAUGCUAAUCUUCAGGCUAUUCCUGUUCCAUCAUCCAGAGCUGCUGCUGUUCAAGAUAUAUUUAAUUUAGCUGCUGAAAAAUUGGGCUUUAAAUUUGUGGCCUUGAGAAAGAAUGAGAAUUCUGAUGGAAGAAAAGUGUUGAGGACACAGUUUGAUAAGAAUUUUAGCUUCUUCUAUGUUGAACUCCCUGAUGGUACAAUAUUUUCACAUCUGGUUGAGGAAAAUGAGAGAUUUCCUGCUCAGUUUGGACGUGAGGUUCUGGCAGGCUUGCUGAACAUGGCAGACAGGGCCGAUUGGAGGAAUUGUUCCCAAAGCAAAGAAGAGGAAACAAAGAUGGCAGAAGAUUUUAAGAAUCAGUUUCAAGAAUUUGAUCCAAAUAAGUGACUUUCCAGUAACAGAAGCCAGAACUGAUAUUUUGUCCGAUGUAAUUCUAGUGUACCUCUAGAGAUUAUACACCAGUUGUCAAGGAUGCUAACCACCACAGAAUAUAUGUUGACUUCCUAAAUUUUAGAUCACAAGAGGCCAUAGAUCAAUGGGUGAUAUUGAUUUGUCGUUUCAACAGUGCUGAGGGUUUUUUGUGGUAUCCUAGGUGGAAAACUGCCAGCGUAGAUGCACACACCAGGCAGUCUCCACUGCUCCCUAUAAAGAUUGCCAGCCAACUAACUUUCAUGUCUUGCAACAAGUGGAAUUGAGAGGUACCCUCCUUAACAGCAGAUUUUGGAAACUGCUUUUCCUUCAAAAUAUGUAAUGUUUCAAGGUAAAGAAGAGAUAAGACCAGUUGAUGUAGCCCAAAUAUCUGUAGUGUGCUGGAUGUUAUUCAUUGGGCUUUUAGUUCGAAUUUGGAAUUUGGAUGUCUACCACAUAUUUACAAAUGCUACCUUUUAUCUAAUGCCAUCUGCAAAUUACCAAGUAA